GAUGGGUUGAAGAGAAAGAAACAGUAGAGUAAGGGGUAGGACCGUAGGAGAGAGAAAUCAAAUAGAUUGGGUAUCAUUUUUAUUUUUUUUUAAUGGACAGCUGAGAUGAAUAGAUUUAGAUGGAGGGAUAAGAUUACACUAACUCUACCUCUAGAGUUCUCUAAUAACUCUAGAGGAUCCGGACUCAAAAGAAUUGCCUAAACAUCAGGCUGCCUUGUUUGGGCCAGGAUCAUAAUCAUAUAAUGGCUUAUAACUAGCGUGCUCCAAAAUUCUUUCCCGCCAUUUCUACCACUUCCACUCUUUUGACACCAACACUCUGGCGCCAAACCCUCAGUUUCCAUCUUCUACUUCACACCACAUUAGAGAGAGAAAGAGAAAGAGAUAGAGAGAGAAAGAGCCGGAGAAAAUGGAAAUUCUGAGAUCUCAGAAAAAAUCUUCUUCCGACGAUAUCGCUGUCGUUUCUACUCUCCCGCUAUAUCGCUCUCCUCCUCAAUUGGAAGUUCGUCUUGAAGAUUUCGAACUCUUCGCCAUUGAUCGUCUCCGAGUACUCAAGGGAAUUUCCGAUGGACUUUCUCGAGGAAAGAAGCCUGAUGAAAUCGAAAAAUUGGUGAGCGAUUUAUUGAAAACACACAUGAGACACUCUCAGGCUUCGGAGGUUAUGAACAAGGACAUCAUCUCUCACUUUGUUCUCCGCCUUGUUUAUUGCAGGACGGAGGAAUUGAGAAAAUGGUUCUUGUCCAUGGAAACAACUCUUUUCCGGUAUCGAUACAAGCUGGAGAGCUUAGAAAGUCAGAGGGCUCUACUAGCUGAGUUUAAUCUUCCUUACAAAGUUGUCAGCAAUGCCGAAUUUGAGAGUGUGAAGGAGAAGCUAUCACAAGUUGCAAGAUCUAUUGGGCAUCCUUUGACCAGUGCUGAUGUCAUAUUCUACAAGGUGCCAUUUGAAGAAGUUCCUGAACUUGUUGCUGGACGCAGAGUUUACAUCCAUAAAGGGCAUGCCUAUGUUGCUAUGAAUCAGGUUAUUUCUCUCGUUGUCACGCAAUUUCGCAGCAAUUUAUCAAAAGCUCUAAUACUGACAAAUAGAAAAUGGACCUUUAUGAUCAGUGACAAGGAGAAGGACAGGUUGACUCCGAUUGUUGAAGCUCUCAGCACAAGUUACCUGGGCCCUGAUUAUUCUGAGCAAAAGGAGUUUGCAGAGAUCUCAUUGAAAGACCUUGAUCGAGUAGCAAAUAGUUCAUUUCCACUCUGCAUGCGCCACCUAUUUGAUAAGCUACGGGAAGACCAUCACCUCAAAUACGGAGGCAGGAUGCAGUUAGGUCUAUUUCUUAAGGGUGUAGGAUUAACUUUGGACGAUGCUCUUGCAUUUUGGAAAUCUGAGUUCUCCAAGAAGGUUGGUCCUGAGAGAUUUGAUAAAGAAUACGCUUACAGCAUACGCCACAGCUAUGGAAAAGAAGGCAAGAGAGUGGAUUAUACAGCUUAUUCUUGUCAAAAGGUCAUCUCAUCUACUCCUGGUGUUGGAGAUCACCAUGGCUGUCCUUAUCGACAUUUCAGUGAGGACAACCUUAGAGCUGCUCUUUGUAAUAUGGGAGUGAGCAGUCGGGCAAUGACUGAUGUGAUGGACAAAGUCCGAAACAGACACUACCAGUUGGCUUGCACCUUAACAUUUGAAGCUGUCCACAGUUCGUCUUGCGAUUCUGGAAUUAAUCAUCCGAAUCAAUACUUUAAUGAUAGCCAAAAGAUUCUGCAAUCAAAGGCCAAUCCCUCUGUAUGAUCUAUGGCGUCAAGGUGGAUUGUUGUUGUUGCUUUCCUCUUCAGAUAAGCAUAUUGGUCUGUUGGAAUCAUGCUUUUAUACGUGGUCCCAGUAUUGGUUUUACUGGUAAGUUUACGUGUGCGUAGCAAGGCCAAUGACUUCCCUGAAUUUAUGUAUUUUAACAAAUUGAUUCAAGGGAUUAAACUAUACAAAAAGCAAUGAGAAUGACGGCACUUAAUCAGUACCUUUAGCUUGUAAAAUAUUAGUGUUAGUUAUAAUUAUACCAACUUUAAUGUUCAUAAUCAUUUUUCAUUUGUUGUAUGUGAAUUAGAAAGUUCUUUUUAUAUUAUUAGUUCCAUGCUCUGCGACUGCAAGCAUGACUUUGGAUGAA